CUCAAAUAGAUGAGAGCUUUGAUGCUCUGCGGGGUGCAUGUUACUUCUCGACAAUUGAUUUAGCAAGCGGCUAUCAUCAAGUAGCAAUGGCGGAAGGAGACCGGCACAAGACUGUUUUCUCGACCCCUUUUGGCCUCUAUGAAUUCUUGCGGAUGCCGUUCGGGGUCUGCAAUGGACCUGUAACCUUCCAAAGACUGAUGCAGGCCACCAUGAAUGAUCUUGUUUUCCGGAUUCUGUUAGUCUACCUGGAUGAUAUCUUGGUAUAUUCCUCAACAUUCCAGGAACACUUAGUUAGGCUUGAAACAGUACUGAGGAGGCUGCAGGACACUGGUCUCAAGAUAAAGUUAGAAAAAUGCCACCUUCUUCAGUCAGAGGUUGUGUUUCUGGGACAUCAGAUAUCAGCCGAUGGUAUUGGCACAGACCCUCAGAAAGUGGAAGACAGUGGCCAGUUCCGUCUACAGUAAAGGAAUUGAGGUCCCUCCUUGGACUCUGUAGUUACUACAGAUGGUUUAUACAGGGAUUCUCAAAGAUAGCUUGCCCACUUCAUGACCUGGUGAAUUCAUGCCUGACCCCUGAAAGCUCCAGCAGAACUAAUGUCCUUUUAGGGAGUCUGUGGUCUGAAAAAUGUCAAACCGCUUUUGACACUUUCAAAAAUAAGCUUACUAGUGCGCCUGUCUUAGGGGUGGCAGACUAUUCAAAACCCUUUAUCGUGGAGACAGAUGCAAGCAGCCACGGACUGGGUGCUGUUUUAUAUCAGCAACAGGGAAAUGUAAAAAGUGCCAUUGCCUUUGCAAGUAGACGGCUGAGAGAUGCGGAGAGAAAUGAUAGAAAUUACAGCAGCAUGAAACUUGAGCUCCUUGCUCUAAAGUGGGCAGUUGUAGAGAAGUUUCGAGGGUAUUUGUUGGGGUCCAAAUUUACUGUAAUAACUGACAAUAGUCCUCUGUGCCACUUGAAAACAGCAAAGUUUGGAACAAUUGAACAAAGGUGGCUUUCGCAGUUGUCCGUCUUUGAUUUCGAUGUUCAGUAUCGUCCGGGGUAUCGAAACAUAGUAGCUGACACACUAUCUAGACAGCCGUUCGCAGGGGAGCCUGAGCUAGUUUCGGAGAAUGCGGAGUAUGAUGGAUGUGUGGCUGUCUGUGGUUGGAUUCACCGUGGUACAGACCUUGACCCUGAACUUGUAGCUGCUGGGACAUACAGCUGUAACGUGAGGCAUAUGCGAGCUGUAGUGUCAAACUCCCUGGAUGAUGGCAAUGGAUGGGGUCAGGGAAAUACUCCAACCUUUCCAGGUUAUACAGCUGAUGAAUUAAUUGGCUUCCAGCAGCACAGUUUUGUAAUUGGUGGAUUCAGAAAGUUUUGGGAUCAAAAGAGAAGGCCCCAUGGGAAGGAGCUAAAAGCUCUGUCAAAACCUGUUCAGUCAAUGUUGAAGCACUGGAACAGCAUCAGGGAGCGCCAUGGUCUACUGUACUGUAUCUUUGAAGAUGUCAGAUAUGGGGAAACUUAUCAGGUAUUGUUACCUCUCAGCUUGAAGAAGCUUGUCUUGGAGUAUGUGCACAACUCUAUGGGGCACCAAGGUGUCGAGCUUACCCUCCACUUGUUGAGGUGCAGUUGCUUUUGGAUAGAAUUGCACAAUGUGUGGAAGAGUGGAUAAAAGAUUGUCAGCGAUGUGUGAUGGCUAUGCUGCCGCAGCCAAAGGUCCACCCUCCUAUGAAAUCAUUCCUGGCUUCUAGACCUCUUGAGGUAAUCGCUGUGGACUUCACUGUCCUGGAACCCAAGUCUGACGGUCGGGAAAAUGUUCUUGUAAUCACCGAUAUCUUUACAAAGUUCACUCAGGCCUUCCCUCAGAUCAAAAAGCAGACACCACUGCCAAGGUGUUGCUUAGGAAGUGGUUCAUGAAG